AUGAAGCCCUCGUCUGCCUCCCUCUAUCUGCUACUGCUGGCCCCACAGCUCAUCCAUGGUCAAGAUUCUCAACCUGAGUGUAGAAACUGGACAAAGCCCAUCUAUGACUACAACCGUGCCCUGCAGCCAGCAGAAGAUGCCUAUCUCAGUGCCAUGAUAGCAAAGAUUGAAGAUGGCUGCUUUGAUGCUAAUGGUGUUGCCAUUCCUUGCUCCAUUGAAUCAGCUUCAAAUAUCCCAGAAGCAGCAACAUACGAAACCGAGUGCUACAAUGGUGGAGGUAGAAUCUGGACAUACACCUACAGUCCUCUCUGUGGUGAUGUCUCGAGUACAUCGGAAACCUCUGUGAAGCCAGUGCUGGUCUGUGCCAGUGCCAGCUGUGCCAGUGUUGGUGCAAGCAAUCUAGUGCCCCAGAGUGAGCUGAAAGAGCUAAAGAACAACUCAUGUGCUUCAGGAGUCACUGAUCUUGAAAUGAAGGAUCCACCAGAGCUUGUUAAUGAAGGAAAUGGGAUUUCCCAGCCAGAAUGUUACAAUUGGACCCAGGCUCAGCUGUUCGACACCAAUCCAAAUAUGAAACCAGCUGAAGAUGCCUACCUGGAAAUGGUUGCCUUGAAAAUGCAGGCUGAGUGCAUUGAUACUGCCAGCAAUACAGCCAAGGCCUGUGAUAUCGACUUGAGCGAAGAUCACGAAACAGCCAAGAGUUACAAAGAGGAAUGUGAGAAGGGUGGUGGUGUGGUUAUCAGUUAUACCUUGAAUCCAAAAUGUGAUCCAGGUGGUCAGCCCGAGAUGAAGGUUGCACCAAUGUUGGUUUGUUCCAGUGCUAGUUGCUAUACGGAAGGACAGGCCAACUUAUAUCCAAGACAAGAAGAAACAUACAAGUAUAUGGAUGAAGCUGGUAUUAACUGUGGCAGUGGGAUUCCCACGUCAGAAACUGAAGUUGUAAGCACCCCGAGCAGUGGCACAAACCUCCCUGUCGUUGGAAGCUUGUUGGGUGCCACAUUGUUGGCUAUUAUUGCCCGCUUUGUUUGA